AUGGAUUAUGCAAGGAAUAUGUUCGAUGCCAUGCCUGAAAGAGAGAGCUCCUUGGUGAGUAUGUAUGCAAAGAAUGGUGAAACUUUGAACUCAGAGCUGGUUUUUAAUGAAAUGGUUGUGAAGAACAUAGUUUCCUGGACUGCAAUGACAGCAGCCUAUGUGAAAAAUGGGUUCUAUAAAGAAGGGUUGAGUCUUUUGCAAGACAUGGUUGCUUCAGGUUCCCAACCAAAUGUUGGUUACACUGCCCGUGCUAGCUUCGGUGCAUUGAACACUGGGAAAUGGUUGCAUGAGUUGUCAAAAGGAAAGGCUUUGGAACCAAUGUUUCAAUCACAAAGGCACUCAUUGACAUGGGCUCGUGCAUCUCAUGGUCAUGGGAAUGAUGCCUUUAUGCUUUUCUCAAUGAUGAAAGAAAAGGGUAUUAAACCAAUAAAUAGUUUCACUUUUACAGCUGUUUUGACUGCUUGUAGGCAAUCAGGUCUAGUACAUGAAGGGCGAAAGCAUUUUGAGAGCAUGAUUAAAGACUACUCCCUUGUCCCUGGUGUAGAGCACUAUGCUUGUAUGGUUGAUCUUCUUGGUCAAGCUGGUUGA